AUGACGCUAUUGGCGCGAAUAACAACAACACCAGAAGUUUUAAUUUCGCCUUCUAAAUUAAAAUAUGUAUGCUAUUUUAUUGUCUGUCGCUGAGUCGUUAUAACAAAUCUUUUAGGAUUUUAUACUUGCUAGUAAAUUAUUUGUGGAAGUAUUUUAACGUUAUAUAUAUAAGCUAGUUUUCAUGUUAGCUAACCGGCUAAACAUUUCCUUUAGUCAGCGCUGCAUCUGUCUAAAAUUGACAGCAACGUUUUAGUUAAAUUGAUAUAUGCAGAGACAUCUCUUGGUAAGCUACAGUAAUUAAAAUUCCUCAUGACCCUUUGGACUUCAUAUUGAUAAAACAUACAAUUGUUUAUGAAUUUACUUACAGCCUGAGUCAUCAUAGAGGUUCAUGAUGUCUAAAACAGACCCGGAGGCUUUCAUUGUGAAGUUUGUGGAAACUAAAGGACAAAGAAAUGAGUAUGCCGUCAAGGCUUAUGAGGCCAUUUUAGAGCUGCAGUCAGAGAAGCAUUUGAAAGCUAUCGAUGAGGAUGCUUUAUUACAGAUGGACCAGAAGGACAAGUCUCUCUAUGUCUUUAGCACCUUCACAACGCCAGCAUUUCUGCACUGCAAGAAGCUUGGCUGCAGAAUAGUGAGUCCAUUAGUGGUGCUGUACUGCCUGCAGCAGCAGCGUUGUGUCCCAAAGGCAGAAAAUCCAGUCUAUAACAUGGCCAUGGCUGACAUCACUAUCUCCUGCACCAGUUUGGAUAAAGCGAUGCGGACAGAGGUCAUGGAUCUGGUGCAGCUCAUGGGGGGACGAGUCUACCUUGACCUAAAUGUAUCCGUUACACACCUAAUAGCUGGGGAGGUGGGCUCAAAGAAAUACUUAGUAGCUGCAAACCUGGGCAAACCCAUCCUACAACCAUCAUGGGUGAAAGCCUGUUGGGAGAAGUCACAGGAUAGUCUUUUCAGGUACACAGACCUACCCACCGAUGAGUAUCUGUGCCCAGUCCUGCAGGGCUGUACCAUAUGUGUGACAGGCCUUUCCAGCACAGAGCGCAAAGAGGUGCAGCGGCUCUGUGAGCAGCAUGGAGCUACCUACACUGGUCAACUCAAAAUGAACGAGUGUACACACCUGAUUGUUAGUGAACCAACAGGUCAGAAAUAUGAGUGUGCAAGGAAAUGGAAUGUGUAUUGUGUGUCUCUGCACUGGCUGUUCGACAGCAUACAAAAAGGCUUUUGUCAAGAUGAAAGUAGGUAUAUUGUGGAACGCAAUGCAGCAACAAAGAGCACUCGACCACACACUUCAACCCCUACAGGCAACAACAAGAAAGAGGAGGGACCAUCUGUUUUGGGCUUGAGCAACAUUUCUGUCAAUGCGAGCAUGACAAUAAAUGACACUGCCCUCACCAAUGGCACCAUCAGCCACCUGGAAGGUCCGGACCCCAUAGAUAGCUUUGACCUGACUGUGUGUCCAGCUGAUGAUAUACUGGAUGGCUGUAAGCUGUAUCUGUGUGGCCUGCUGAUGAAGAAACUAGAGAAACUGCGGCGUCUGGUUAACUCUGCUGGAGGUCUGCGCUUUAACCAACCCAGUGAAGAUCUCACACAUGUUGUCAUGGGAGACUUAGACCUGGAUCUCAAGAAUUUUCUCUCCAAAGCAACUCACAGGCCUCAUGUUGUGACUGUGCAGUGGCUGCUGGACAGCUUCUCUAAAGGCAGUCUACUCCCAGAAACAGACUACCUCCACCCUAGCUGUCUGCCUCCUGCUCCAGCUGCUGUAACACAUCACGCCCCUCCCUCACGGCCCUCAGUUGUGCCCCCCAUGGCCAGUCCAAGCACUCCCAGGCAAAAGAGAGCAGAGGAGGAUCUGCUGUCACAGUACAUGGAUGAUGAUCCUACAGUAGUUGACAUGCCCCCGCCAGUACAUGACACCAGCAGGAGAUCUGUCAGCUCACCUGCUGGGCCUCCAUCUGAGCCCUGGGCCCCAAACCGGAGCACAAGGCAGGAGCCAGACUCCUCCUUACAGGAGGCCAGCGAGGCAGGCCUGUUUAUCGGGAAGCGUUUUCUUCUUGUUGGCUUUGGUGCCGAAGCUGAAUCUCAGCUCUCCGUGCUGGUGAUUGAAAAUGGAGGCAGGGUGUUGACAGGCCGCUCACGGGUUGUGGCAGAUUAUGCUGUGGUUCCACAGCUGGGGUGCUCAGUGGAAGCUACAGUGGAUGAGGUGGUCACUGAUACAUGGCUGGCCAUGUGUGUGGAGAAGGAGUGUGUUCUGCAGCUGUCAUCCAACCCUUUGUUCACUCCGGUUCCUGUGAUGGAUGGACGUUUUCCUCUGAAAGACUGUGUUCUUUCCGUCAGCCAGUUUACAGGAGCAGAGAGGGAGUCCCUGGUGGACCUGGCAAAGCAUCUUGGCGCCAAUGUCCAGGAUUACUUUGUUCGCCUGGCGAAUCAGAAGAAAGGCAUGCUGGCCAGCACACAUUUGGUGCUGCAGAGCCCUGAUGGUACAAAGUACCAGGCAGCAAAGAAAUGGGGGCUUCCAGCUGUCACCAUGCACUGGAUCCUGGAGUCUGCUAGAACCGGCCAGAGGGCACAGGAGGAGCGUUUUCUGGUUGAUCUUCCACCUUCACCAGAGAGGGACGAUGAGAGUUUUGUCGUUGGAUCCCAGAGGACAGUCAUGCCUCCUCCAGCGCGUUCGUCUCCAGAGAUCCCUUUGCUGGGUCUACAGAGUGGUAAAGCUGUUACCCCACUAGAUUUAGGACGCUUUCAGAGCAAAGUGUUUCGCUCUGUGUUGGAUGAGAUGAAGCCCAAAGUGGAUGUGAGUACCCCCGUACAAACAAAGGAGACCGGCAGAAAGAAGCCACCUCAGAAGGAGCCCUCACUGCAGCUGGACACUCCGUCUCGCUUCCUCAGCAGAGAUCAACUUUUUAGGCCUUCGUUCAACGUCAAGGAUGCACUUGGAGUUUUGGAGACUCCAGGAGGGAGAGCCAAACCAGAACAAAGGGUAGAAACUCCACUGACUGAUGUUAUCAACAGGAACCUGAAGGUGGCGCUGGCCAACAGCAGCCGUAAUAAUGUCCCAGAAAUGCAAGAGGUGUCUGCUAGCCCUCAGCUUACCAAAACCACUGCAGAGGAGGUCCCGGAAAAGGAGGCCACCCCCCUGGCGGGUGUUGUGAUCUGUGUUGGAAAGAAGCUAAGCAAAAUGCAGGGUGAACUGAAUGCUAUUGCUGCAUCACUUGGAGCUGACUUCAGGUGGGCCUGUGAUGACACAGUGACGCACUACAUUUACCAGGGCCGAGUGGGGGACAACACACGGGAAUUCAGGGCAGUUAAGGAGAGAGGGCUGCAUGUGGUCUCCCAGCAUUGGCUGCAAGCGUGUGCUGAGGAGCAGAGACACGUCCCAGAGUCUCUGUAUCCUUUCACCUACAACCCUAAGAUGAGCCUAAACCUCAGCCAGGUGCCUAACAGCUCACAGAGGUCUCCACCGUUAACAAGGACCCAACUUAAGGACAGCAAGCUUGAACACGGUGCCACCGAAGAGACUUCAGUCCGUCGUAUAAGUGAUGGGAGUGUCGAUCAAGAGGACUUGGACACCACAAACAGAGGCGGUGCUUAUAUUUCAGAAACUCUAGAAAUGAGGGAAAACUUACAAAGACAGCUGCAGGAGAUUAUGUCAGCCACCAAGCUAACAACAAGCAGACGUACCUCAGUCAGACUCACCAGGAUGGGAUCAGGAGGGGCUGACUCAGGUCCACAAACUCCUGAAACGAGUCGGGUUGGACGCACUGGAAGCAGACGUACUUUAGAAGCUCUGAGGGUUUCCCGAGAAGCAGUUAUGGACAUAAACACGGAGCCGUCUCAGAGUGAGCAGAUAGUCUGGGAUGAUCCUACAGCCAGGGAGGAGAGGGCCAAGCUGGCUGAUAACUUACAGUGGCCCGGGAGUCCCUCACAGCACUCCGAGCCUUUGGCACCUGCACCUCCACCCACUGCAAUAAAUGGCCCUCAGUUCAGGGACUCCAUGACGGACUCUGAGCUGGUGGAGAUGGCUGCUUGUGACGUUAUCGAUCAGCAGAUGGGUCAGAAGGUCACAGCGCCUCCAUCAGAGGAGUCAGAAAAAAAUAUCCUCACUCCUCAGGCUCCCAGCAUUGCUUUUCCUCUCGCCAACCCCCCAGUUGCACCAGAGCCACAGGAGAAGACCGAGGAAGAAAAGCAGCCACCAAGGUUUCAGCUGUCAUCCCUCAGCCCUCAGGAGCGCAGUGAUUACAGUCAACUCAUAGAGGAGCUCGGUGGUGUUGUUCUGGACAAGCAGUCUUUUGACCCCAGCUGCUCCCACAUCAUUGUAGGGACUCCUCUGCGCAACGAGAAAUAUCUGGCAGCGAUGGCAGCUGGCAAAUGGAUCCUACACCGCUCAUACCUGGAGGCCUGCCGGUCUGUCAGCUGCUUCAUCGAGGAGGACAGCUUUGAAUGGGGCAGCAGCUCCAUCCUGGAGGCUUUGCCCUCCAUCACAUCGCAGCAGAAAAGACUGGCGUUGGCUGCCAUGCGCUGGAGGAAAGCCCUGCAGGGACGUACUGAACACGGGGGAGCGUUCAGUGGAUGGAACGUCAUGCUUAACAUCGACCAGAACAGAGAUUCAGGCUUCCGGAGGUUACUGCAGUCUGGAGGAGCAAAGGUCCUGCCCAGUCCAUCUCCAUCACGGUACAAAGACGCCACUCACCUGUUUGCAGACUUCAGUCGGUUGAAGCCUGGAGACUUCAGAGUCAACGUAUCCGAGGCAACAUCACAAGGGGUCACAUGUCUGAAGCCGGAGUAUAUCGCGGACUACCUCAUGCAGGAUCCCGCCCCUCCUAUCGAGUUGUAUCUCCUGACUGAAGCUCCUCCCUGUGAUGAAACUCCAGGCACGCCGACUCGCAAACGUAAAUUAGCGACAGAAAACUCCAGACUGAAAAAAAGCCGCCUGAACUGAAAACAAAGCACUACAAAUGGUCCCAUCAAUGCUUUUACAUCUCUGGAAAUGAAUAUGUAUAUAUGUUUGUUUGUUUUUUUAAGUGUCCCGCUUAAAAAUAAAAUAAAUGUUUCACUUGCUCUUUUA